AUGCGAGGCUUCGGUACCGGCGCCAGAGGGCGCUUGGGGGACGUGAUGCUGAGGAUCGCGCCCAUCGCCUGCUCCUUCUUCGCCUUCCUACUCAUGGCCAUUGCCCUGUCGUCGGGCAUGAAGCCAAAUUACCUUGAGGGAGUCGCCGUCAUCCGCUUUAACACGUCCUCGCUCGGCAAAAGCCUGCUCGAAACCUCUGACCUCUCCCAGGCGGCGAAGGACGACUGCAUCACGGCCGGCAGCGCCGUCCCCUCGUCGUCGGGCACCGUUACCAACGGCAUCGGCCAGGUGGCAGCGCUUCUGGGCGGUGGCAGCCCACAACGGCAGAUCAGCGACUCCAUCCUCAACAAGGCAGCCGACUUGGUCGCCGGAACGGCCAGAGAUGCAUGCCGCGCCAACCAGGCCCUGCACCUGACGCGCGACGCUACUCCCAGCCAGGCAGCGGCCACGAUCAGCAUCGCCACGGCGAUCGGCAUCAGCGAGUACUACUCGGUGCACCUGGGCGCGCUCUGCGAGGGCGACUACUACCGCGCGCCAAACGACGCCGCCGGCGACCCGGACGUGCAGUCGUGCACGCCCAAGUUCCACCCGCGCGACACGGACCUGGCCGCCACGCUCGACGGCCAGCUGCAGGCCGGGCCGUUCCAGCUCGCGCUGCGCGACCUCGACCUCGCGCCCGACGCCCGCGCCGCGCUCGCCCUCAUCCCCCGCGCGCUCGCCGCCAUGAGCUUCAUCCUGCUGUUUGCCACGCUCGCUGUCGCCGCGGGGUUUGCCCUGUCGGCGGCCGCGGUAGUGGCCGAGAGCGUGAUGCGGGCACGGGCACCGCCGCUGAUGAUGAUGAUGCUGCUGCUGGGCGCGCUGGGCGCGACCGGCUUCGGCUGGCUGCUGUCGUUCGUCGGCGUGGUCGGCACCACGGCCGUGGCGGAGAAGGUCAAGCGCACGGUCAACGGCGGCGCGUCGGCGUCGGGCAUGGCAGCGGCCACCAGCUCGGCGCUGUACUUUCUGCUGUGGAUGUCACUGGUGCUGACGACGGCCGCGCUGGCCCUGCUGUUCUGCGUCUACCGCCGCGCGCGCGACGACGACGGCCGCAGUCGGAUGCAGGUCGCGCGGGAGCCGUACGCGGAGAAGAACGUGUCGGCGGCGAGCACGGUGCAGGAGGAUGCAAAUGGGUUCUAUGAGGAGCCCAUCAAUGGAGGGCCUGCUGAGCCCGUUUCGGGGAGGCCUUGA